GUUUUAAGUGUAAUGAGAUUUCUUUACUAAAAUAAGACAUUUUAACUAGAAAUAAGACAAAUAUUCUUCUUAAGACUUUGAGUUUUUGCAGUGAUCCAUUUUACUUAUCCUGUGAAGGACAGAAUCAUAUUGAUAAGUUCAGAAAACUGUUUUUUAUUGUUGUGUUUUGAUGUAUUUGAUGUAAGCCCAGUGGAUAUUUAAAGCUUACAGAAGGCUGCAUUUAACUGCUGCUAUUGUCAUUCCUGCACUAUUUCUGCAGGUGUUUGGUCACUGCUAUUAUUUAAUACAUUAUAUUAUUUGUAAUCAGCACAAAUUAUCUGUCCCCAUAUGAUAAAAUCCACCAUCCCCCCUGAUUCUUUUUUACAACUCGAGUACUGUAAGUGUUAUAUAUAUAUUAUAUACAUUUAUACAUAUAUAAUAUGGGCGUGGUCUGUCGGGUGUUCCUUGACCACGCCCCUAUGUGGGCGUGGCCUACGAUCCCUCUGGCAACAGUGGCUGAGUGAAGCGAAGCAGCACGUUGGUCAACAUUAAUGCAAGUCAUCGUGAACACAGCAGUCUAACAACUAACAACUAACAACAACUGUUGCUGCGGAGCCUCGUUUUCUUCCGGCUGUCACAUUUCAGAGUAGCGUAGCUGCCACGGAGACCGCAUGGAUCCCCAGAACACACACCCGGAGGCGAAGGUGCUGCUGAACCACGCCAGGAACCUGCGGCUGCACACCGGGAACCUGGUGGACCGGAGCCGGAUGAAGAAGAAGUGUCCGGGCUGCCCCAGCGAGGAGCUUCGAGACUGCAUCCAAGCCACGCUGAGUGAUUGGUUGUCUGCAAAAAAACCAUCAGCCAAGGACAUCCCAGAUACACUGGACUGCUCCAUUCCUGAGGCGACAGAUGCCAUCACCCCCGAAGAAAGGGAGGAGGUGAAGGUCUCAGUUAAGCUAUUUCUGUGUGAGUCGGGCCAGUCGGCUAUCAGAGACGCAGUUGGAAUGGCUUGCCAGGCGCUGGCGGUGUCCCAGCUGGACUCUGUUAUCAUAGCGCCACCUGGGCCUCCGGAGGCUGACGGGCAAACUCUGGCGUACCUGCAGCCGGCGUGGGAGGAGCUGGAGGCUCUGGUUAGGAGCCAGCAGAUUGCAGCCAUUGGCACCUCUGAUCUGGACAAAGAUCUGCUUGAGCAGCUCUACAACUGGGCACAGGUGAAGCCCAGCAGCAACCAGGUCAACCUGGCCUCCUGCUGUGUGAUGCCCCCUGACCUGACAGCCUUCGCUAAGGAGUACGACAUCCAGCUGCUCACACACAAUGACCCAAAAGAGUUGAUAUCGGCAGACACAUUCCAGGAGGCCGUGCGAGAGGGAGCAAAAGACCUGAGCAUCACUGAAUGGAGGCUUGAAUGGGUCCUGCGCUACUCCGUUAUUGUCAAAAGCAGGGGCAUUAUCAAGUCUAAGGGCUACCUCGUGAGUGCGAGGAGGGCGAGCCCUUAAUACUGAAGUAGAGGGGAAUAAAUGACACAUGGAUGAAGCCAUUUUUCUCCAUUUUCAUCUUAAGCGAAACAAAGUUAACUGCCGAUCACCAAGAGUCUGGAAGUCAUUGUUUUAUCUUCCUUAUAAGGUUGCAUCUUUCUCCUCUGUGAUUUAUUUGAUUAAAGAGAUGGCGGCAGUCGUUACCAUCCUCUGUGAGACCAUUGACAUUAACUUAACUUUGAAAGAAAAGACUCAUGAAGUGACAUUUAAAAGAUGGUAACUCUCACCAUGACCAGAACCUGGACAGAUCAGCUGUCCAUCUACUCAGUAGAAGCUGUUAGAUUAUUGGAAAACUUUGGCUGCUGAAUGUUGGUCCAAGCUGGAGAUCGUUUAUCCGUGUGCCGAUGUAAAGUGCCUGACGCUUUCUCUGUUCUCAUAACGGCUUUGUCUCCACUGUGUGUGUAAGAGCACAGCUUAAACCGGUUACACUAGAGCACAGGCAUUGGAAAUAAGCUGGAGCUUAAAGGGUUAAAUAAGUCGCUCUGACUGUCAAGUGUAAGACGAUAAACUAUAAAUGUGAUUUUGGUUAUCAGAAAUUAGAUCCAAUCACAUUUUGAAAGCAGAAAUUGUGAUCUAUUCUCAAUCGUGCAAAAAUGUUCUUUUUUCUUUUAUUUACAUUCCCCUAGAUAAGAACAAGGAUUCAAACCCAAAAAUAAAAGAGUGUUUAUUGAAGCAUUUUGAGUUACAGUUUUAGCUGGUUAAAAAAGACAACUAAAUGAUAUAUAUAAUUUAAUUUUGAUCUGUGUUUGAUCUAACCAUGCUGCUUUUGAAGAUGUGUUGACAUGUUUAUCCCGAUGCUCAUGAGAUUAAUUUAAGGGAGUGUUAAAAGUGCUACUUUGAGAACAGUAACUGGCAUACUGAUAUCUUUCAUAUUUUAUUAUAACGUGACGAAACUCCAGGUCGGAUGAUGUUGGUGAGUUGUUUUGAUGAAGGUUUUAUUUUUUUAAUCAAAAGUUUUUCCAGCAAAUUCUAAAUUCCUCUGUACUGUACAUUUAUGUAAACUGUUAUAUUUGUUUUGUUUUGUGUACGAUGAAUUGUUUUUUUUUUUUAAAUAAUGAAAACCUGUUUUUUGAGUUUUAUUUGGACACGAAUAUUUCAAUAUUCCAAGAAAAAGAAGAAGAAAAAAACACUGAAAUUUUGAGACAAUUUGAAAUACAUACAUUAAAGCAAUGAAAAUGAA